GUACGACUUCCCACUAGUUACCACAGCUACAAAGUCACUAUAUUGGCUGUCGUAAAAAUGUAUGAAAACCCUGCUUUUUGGGGGGUACAUUUACGGUUAGGCAUAAUGCUAGCAGUGUGAUAAGGCUAAUCUUUAAAACCAGGCUUUAAGAAGAUACAUUGUAGAAAUAGACGGGGUUAGUCAUAAUUAUUACUUUGUGGCUACUCGUGACAACCACGUCCCUUCCAUGAUUAUCAACGUUACUGUUGCUGGCUACAUCAAAUAACAUAUCGUCAGAUAACGUGAACAUUCAUUAUACCGUCAAGAUGACUGCUUAUAAACGUCCGCUGAUGGGAACUGUCCCAUGAGGAACAGGCUAAUCAGCGCUAGGGACAGAGGGAGGCACAUUACUUCCUGACAACAACAAGAUGAGGAUUUCAAAGCGUUGUGGCUCCAACAGACGUUUGUUGUUGCCCUUGAUGGUCCUUGGGUUGAUGAUCUUACUGGCAGUUGUAACCCUUAAUUGGUUUGAGACUGAAUCACAGAUGCCUUUGGCAUGGCACGUGGAUCCCAACCACCGAAAGCUUGUGCACUCUUUUGUACGGGGUGUUCUUUCGAACCAGUGCAGACCAGCCUUUGCCAGAAAGGGAAUAGAAGCAAGGCUCCAGAGCUCUAGUCAUGUGACUGAUCCUUUCCUGUGGCGGGACACACUGCUGACUCGAGAGAUGUUCAAGUACCCCCCACCAUUCGGGUUCCGUGACAUGCAUGACAAACUGAAGGAUGUCCUCAACCUCCUCCCUGCUCAACCAGAGCAGCUGAAGAAAGAGUGCAGACGCUGUGUGGUCUUGGGAAAUGGAGGGAUCCUCCGUGGCCUUGAGCUGGGCGCCCUGCUUAACCAGUUUGAUGUUGUCAUUAGGCUCAAUAGUGGUCCUUUGAGGAACUACAGUAAAGACGUGGGGAACCGGACCUCUAUCCGGAUGAGCUACCCAGAGGGAAGCCCCAAGGUCUGGGAAGAUGUGGACCCUGAGCUGCAGUUUGUGGCGGUGGUCUACAAGGCUGUAGACUUCAAGUGGAUCAGAGCAAUGAUCAACAGACAGAGAGUUUCCCUUUGGGACUGGCUGUUUUUCUGGCAGAAGGUGCCAGAGAAGAUUCCGGUAGACUUAUCAAAGUUCCGUUUGUUGAAUCUGGAGAUCAUCAGGCAGAUGGCGAUGGACCUGUUAGCCUACUCCUCCCCACAGAAACGCCUCUGGGGCUGGGACCAGAACGUGCCCACCAUGGGCAUCUCAGCCCUCAACCUGGCUACCUACCUGUGUGACGAGGUCAGCCUAGCAGGCUUUGGUUACAACCUCAGUCAGAAGGAGAUGCCCCUGCAUUACUAUGACAAUAUACCCAUGACCGCUAUGCUGGGGCAGAACAUGCACAACGUGGACCGUGAAAGGGCUCUCCUCCAGAGCCUGGUGAGGGAAGGGACUGUAUCAGACCUCACAGGGGGCCUCCACUGCACCUUCUGCCCCAGCUGAAAGAGACUGAUCUGGGCCCGCAGCGCAGCUAGCGACACACCAACGAUCUACCUUCCACUGACUUAUCAUUCCAAUACUUUUCACCCUGGAAUUCAAAAAGUUGAUUGAGUCUAUGGAUCUGGGGACUUGACUGCAAACUCUUCUAUGUUCUAGUGCAUGCCAGCAUACUGAUUCUGCAUGGACUAGAUGUGCUGACAUGAUGGGGAACAGUGAAGCUGUACACUUCUCCCCUGCGCAGUUGAAAACGACAAGCCUAAAUCCUUCUAUAAGGGAAGUAUUAUCACUGCUAAACUUAAAUGUUUUUUUGUAUUUAUUAAGAGAUAAUGUAUAAUUACUUAAUUAAAUCUUAGCAUAAAGUUGAUGCUAAAAAGUGUACAAACAUUACCAUAAAUAUUGUGAAGAAUGAACAGAUGGACUAACAACAGAUAAUUAACAUUAUCCUUUUUAUGCUUUCGAUUUUAAGUUGAAUGUUAAGUGUGUCCACAAGAUGUCUGAAUUUGGUUGUGUUUUUACAUUUUUCUAAUGUAAUUAUUAGAUUGUUUUUAUUAUAAUAAUGUAUGUUCUCAAUGCUUGACUUAGACUAAGAUGGGAGCCGGUACUAAUUAUAUUUUCUCCUCAUGGCUAAGCCACAUAAUGCCAGGGUAUAUCUGGUGGGCUUUCUCCUCAUGGCUGAGCCACAUAAUGCCAGGGUAUAUUUGGUGGGCUUUCUCCUCAUGGCUGAGCCACAUAAUGCCAGGGUAUAUCUGGUGGGCUUUCUGGAAUAAGGACACGUGCAUAACGUGGUAGAAAGGGCCAUAGAGAAUUCUCUAUUUCAUUGAGGUCACAAUAGUUACAUGGUGUUUCCUCUUCCAUUUCACCACAAUACCGACCUGUUUCAAUACACAGACAAUAUCCCUGAUCUUACCUAUUUCAAUACGCAGAGGCAAUAUCCCUAAUCUUACAUAGCGAUCUCUUGCUUUUCGGGAGGUUGUACAUUAUAUUUCUUACACAGAAAUUCCCCCUUAAUGAAAGGGUUUGUGAUUCAUCUCCUCCACUUAUUUAUUUUCAUAUUGCAUCAUCAGUUGUGUUUUAAUAGCGUCUAUGUCUCACUUCAUUUGGUUUUCGUACAACUGUUCACAGUCAGACUGUUGGAAAAUGUCAUUUCAGUUGUCCAGGCUCCCCCUAUGGAGAGAUCCCAUUGAAAAACGCUGCUGGCUAUUCUGGCAAUUGGCAUAUCCAACAGUCUAUUCCAAAGUCUCACCAUACACGCCUUCCAUCUCACCUCACAGGAAUCCCAGCCCAUGUCCCAGUUAUUUCCAGUAUAGGUGCAAACUUGUGGAGACCUAAAAAAAUAACGUACUGCUCUGUUAUGGACGUGUUCAUUUUUGAGAUACGUCUUAGCACCCCACACUCCUGCUGAAUAGUCCAAGACAGGACACACGCAUGUCUGAUACAGUUUGGAAUACGUAGCAUAACCAAUAUCUUUGAGUGGUUUUGUUUUUCCUAGAACUCCCCCAGGAGCUCUACUUGCUGAGUCGGCCCGGGCAGAUGUGCCGUAUAGAAAGGUCAUAUGUUAAUUGCUAGUAACCUUGCAUUUCUUCACCAAAACACACCUGAAAAACUCUUCCCUUGGUACCCGGUUUUCUAAAAUGCAAUAUCUGUAUGUUUUUCUGAUUGAUCAUGCGUCUCCAUCUUUUGCAACAAUUGACUGUACAUAACACCAUUUUCUGUAGGUCUUGUUCAGUUUCUGCCAUUAAAAUAAUAUCAUCAGCAUAUAAGAUGUCAUAUCUUACU